GAAGGCGAUGUCACGACCAAGCCGGUCGCCUACGAAAUCCGGACAUCGAAAUAUGGGCUACCUGUUCUUGCGUGUAAGGGCAGUCUGCUGUUUCUGGGGCAAAAGAAAGCUCGUAUUUUGCGAGCUCCAUCCUAUCCAGAGGCCGACAUUGUUCGAGGAAAGGAGCGCGAGGCCUCACUUGUUGAGAUGUUCAAACGGUCUCUUGCACUUUUGCAUCUAAAGAAGGCUAAUACUUUUGCUUAUCAUUUAAAUAAACGAUCAUUUUGGCUGGCUUUAUGCAGCAAAGCUAUAGAAGUCGUAAAUAUUCCAAUGGCUAUCGAGGUUUAUCGUGCACUGGGGGACGGGGGUAUGGUCGUUGCUCUGGAAAAGCUG